AACAUAAGAAGGGCUUACAAAAUGAUUCCCGAAUUCUAUGCGGAUACUGAGGUCUUCAUUACGGGCGGCUCGGGCGCUGUCGGCAAGGCACUAAUUGAGAAGCUCUUACGCUCGUGUGAUGUGCGUAAAGUCUAUGUGUUGCUGCGCACAAAGAAAAAUGCCAGUGUUGAACAACGUUUGGAGAAAUUAAAACAAGCAAAGUUGUUCAAAGUGUUGCGCGCCUCAAAGCCCCACAUGUUUGAACGACUGGUACCCAUUCCAGGCGAUGCAGUAUUACCCAAUUUAGGUAUUUCGCCAGAGCACAUUGCUCUUAUGGCGAAUGUUUCGAUAGUUUUUCAUUGUGCCGCAACUGUGCGUUUUGACGAACCGCUGCGUGUGGCUUUGAAGCUAAAUGUCGGCGCCACCUAUGAGGCAUUGAUAUUCGCUGAGAAACUGAAAAAUCUUAAGAUUUUCUUGCAUGUAUCAACUUUCUAUAGCAACCCAUAUUUGAAGCGGGUGGAGCCGAAGGUUUAUGAAUCACCGCUAGAUUGGAGAAUGUGCUUGGAAAUGUUGAAGGAUGAUGGCAAACGAGAUACGUUGGAUGUUUUGACAAGAAAAUUAAUCAUUGGCUUUCCGAACACGUACACAUUUACAAAGAACCUUGCUGAGAGUGUGGUCAAUGACUUUCGGAAUCGAAUACCGGUUGGUAUAUAUCGACCAUCCAUAGUUCUUCAUGCCCUCUCCGAUCCCAUACCUGGCUAUCCGCCCACCAUGAUGGGUGCUAUGGGCCUUUUUGUGCUUGUUGGCGCUGGCAUUCUUAAAACAGUUUUCAUGUCUAAAAAAUUACGUUUCGACAUCACACCACAAGAUGCUGCCAUUAAAGCAAUGAUGUACUACGCCUACUCCGCUGGCAGUGAAUAUAAUAAGAAUAAAACUAUUGAAGAAGCACCUGUCUAUAUGUCCUCUUCAUCACAACAUUCAUUUCAUACUUUCUACCAAAUGUGCCAGGUCAUGGAAAAUGGUCUAUGGUAUAAGGCGGCUUUUGAAAAGAACUUUUUACUGCCCAGCUGCCAUUACACAGACAGUCGUUUUGUAUACAAAUUUGUGGUAUUUACCAAACAGAUACUGCCUGCGAUAUUAGCGGAUGGUCUAAUGAGGCUCUUUGGCCGUAAACCCAUUCUUAUGGGUAUUGUACGUAAAGCCUACAUCUCAUUGGAGGUUAUGCAGCCCUUUCUCUUCAAUACUUACGACAGUCCCGGCAUGACGAAUUUGGAAGAAUAUGCGAAGGCUGCAAAAGGCACCGAUUUCGACAUAAUGACAGAUAUCUGCAGUGCCAGAUCCGAUGAGGGACUGAUUAAUAUUUGCACUACAAUGAUUUUUUCUAUUCGUGAAUAUUUGCUAAAAGAAGAUCCGAAGACAAUUCCAAUCGCACAGAAGCGGUUGACAAUCAAGCGUUGGGUCUAUAACAUUUUCCGUGCGAUUAUCGCUUAUUUCAUACUGCGUUGGUUCUAUGGAUUUUUGGUGAACUAUAUCGAAGGAGCAGGAGCCAAUUGA